AUGCUGGAUAUUGUAUCAUUGGAGGCAAUUGCGGAGCAAAUAUCUGACAGUUCGUCUUCUGAAGAUAGUCCUUCAUGCAUCCUCGGCGUGGAGGCGCCGCCGUUGGAUAGGGCUAUGUUGGCAUCAAAAAAUCACAGAGAGGCCGAGAAGAGGAGGAGGGAGCGAAUAAAAUCGCAUCUUGAUCGCCUUCGAACAAUCUUGGCGUGUGAUCCUAAGACAGACAAAGCAUCACUCCUAGCUAAGGCGGUUGAUCAUGUGAGAGAUCUCAGGCAACGAACGGCCGAGAUCAGUGACACGCGUCUAUUCCCCUCAGAGACUGACGAGAUCAUCGUACUCCCGGGCACGGACGGCCGUGUGCCAGUGUUCGAAGCCUCGGUGUGCUGCGACGACCGGAUAGACCUCCUCCCCGAGAUAAUCGAGACCCUCCGAUCGUUGAGAAUGAGGACUCUGAGGGCUGAGAUCGCGACACUUGGCGGCCGAGUGAGGAACGUUAUGGUGCUUGCAAGGGAGAAGGAAGAGGAGGAGGAGGAGAGUGGGGAUGUAGGGUUGUUGAAGGAGGCACUCGUGGCACUUGUUAAUAGGUCGAGGUCGCCGGAUCGAAGUAAACGGCGGCGGGUUAUGGACCCCACAGAGGUGGCAAUGGUAUAGUACUAGUUAAUUUCCUGUUUUUGGGUUUGAGUUUGAGUUUGUGUGCACUUUUGGUAUUUCAAAGAUUUGGUUUGUGAGUUUGGUUUGUGUGUGCAUUAGGGUUAGGGUUUGAGAGUGCAAUGGAGUAAUAAGCACGUAAAAUAAUGGAUUGUUUGACUGCUGUGAAGUUUUUACA